ACGACGAAAUGUCCCUACUAUGUACAACCUUGGUCUGUUUGACGGUUGCUCCAUUCAACUCUCACAUCGUGCUACACCUCCAUUUACCCCGAAUAUCUCGCCCAAGCGAGGUUACCGAUGCAAUCUUCAGCGUUCAACGUAGAUCGCGUCGAACCUGACUCUCCUACUCGUAGCACCGUUACCCCUGGUCCUCGUCUCCAACCAGACAAGAGGUAUUCUGCAGCUGAACUACGCGACUUCGGAGUGAAAACCUACCGGCAAGUUUGGCAAGAGUUCUAUGAGUGGGAGCCUGGAUAUGCGUCCCAUGUACUGACAGAUGUAAAAAAUCAACCGCUCUUUCCGGUGAGGUCGCGGACUGCUCAGAUGGCGAGGAGCUUGGUCAAGAAAGUCGCCGAUGGCAUCCCCUCGCCUGCCUUACUUAGCGAAAGUGAUUCAGAGGCCUGCUCGGUUUCCUUCACUAAACACACUGCUUAUGGUGCGACAACUGCCAAGAUGAUGAUUCCCACUGUUGUCCUAGAUGCGACCCAAUUUCCACCCCAUGCUCCAUACGAAUGUUGUGCGCCGGCAUCCAGAAGUAUUUCGGUCAGCGAGGGGGACCGUGACACUGCAAAGUUUUUACCAUAUGCAGAUGAGCCAUCCUUUCCAGCGAAAACACACCUGGCAAAAUUUGCACGCCUUGAGUGGGAGGAGAACUUUGAUCCUGAUUUGGAGAUGAUUCAACUAGAAACUGCAUGGAGGCUUCAUGCGGUUGACAAGCUUUCUCUCAGUGAUGUCAACAGGAUGAAUAUUGUCAAAGGCAUCCACACUUCCCAUAAUUCAGGGCUUCUAUGGGAUAGUUGCCAAAGGGACUUUCUGCACUGGCCAGGGGCUUCUCAGACCAAUGCAAAAGAUGGUCUACCAACAAGCCAGGCACCUCAGCAAGAUGACUUGCAUGGAAGGCUCACAUCAAUGCUCAGGAUUUUUUGUCCUAUACUAAAUUGCCUUUCCCCCAUGUGCCAUACACAUGCCUAUCCCUUCUCUUCAUAUCUCCCCUCAAAGAAACCUCAGAUUACUGGAGAAAGCAUGAGACUCUCUGAAGGAAACCCAUGUGGAGAAAAUUGCUUCAGAUUGGUGCCUGAUAUUGAGAGAUAUGCAGAAUCUCUUCCACCACCAAGUGAAGUUGAUCAAAUGUCUUUAGCUGACAAUCUUUCAGUCAUGCUUGGGAUUGCCCCAGAUCUGUUUCCCUGUCAAUUAGCAAUACUUUGCUUCAUGUCAUGCAAGGAGAUUUUUGUCAAGCGAUUACAACUUUUUCCAGAUAACUCCAUCCUACCACUUGAUAGAGAAUCUUCUGCUGCACUCUCCACAGAUGGUGAGAGUGGCACUGAAGGAGGAGUAAUGCAGGGGAGGAAGAAGAAAAAGAGCAGGCCUUUGGUGCAGUAUUUCAAUGACCAUUCCCAUGAAGAUUUCCCUGUUCUUGAUCCCUGUGCACACCCAGGUACAUGCACAACUGCUGCCUGCCAGUGUUAUUCCCACAAAAUGCAUUGCAACCCAGCUUGUAGGUGUGGUUUGUCAUGUGUCAGACAAUGGCCACCUUGUACAUGCCAAAAGUGUGAAGACCACACCUGCUCUUGUGCAAUGGGGAAAAGGGAGUGUAUCCCAGGGCUUUGUGUAAGAUGUGAUGCUGGAGGUAGCAAGAAGGAUCCAUGUACAAACACUAGAAUGCAGAGGCAUGACACUAAACUUCUUGAGGUCAAAACUGGAUCAUAUGGGCUUGGUGCAUUUGCAGCAGAAGACAUGGCUGUUGAUGCCUUUCUUGGCACAUAUGUUGGCCACAUUUUGUCCAACAAUGCUGCUGAGAGUACAAGUGAAAUUUUGGCACACAAUGGUCACAAUUAUCUAUUUGAGUUCUCUCCUGAUGCAGAAAUCUUUGAUGCAGCCCAGGUUGGGAACCUGACAAGGUACUUGAACCAUCAAGGCAAUGGAAUGGACAAUGUUGAUGCAAGUUCUAUGCUUGUCAAUGGAGAGCAUCAGAUUGGAUUUUUUACAAAAAGGAGUGUGAAUGCUGGGGAAGAGAUGUUCUUGGAUUAUGGUCAGAACUACUGGAUCCAUCAUGGUGGUAACAAGAACAUGAGAGAUGAAGAUACUGCAGAGGAUGGGACAUCAGUUCAAUGAGUAGCAGGCCUUUAUAUGUAUAUGGCUUGGUUGGAGUCCACUCUGUAGGUUGGCAGGUCAACAUAGACAACAUUGCUUGAUGUACUAUAUCAAUCAAGAAAGCAUUCAAUUGAUCAAUUAUGCAUUUUUUUUCUAGUAACAGAA